AUGCGGACGCCUCAUGAGGUGGCCAUGAUGCGGACCUUGCGGAACCGGUGCCGGUACGGUGCCAGGACUUCGCGGUACCGGUACGGUUUUGGGACCGCGGCCGGCGGCAGCGGCACCGCAAUCUCGCUCGCCGACUUCCUCCCGGCGCCCUCCGACGACGACUGCGGCUUUGGCCAGCCCCGGCGACUGUUCUUCCCGUGCGCCGACGGCGAGGCGCUGGACCUCGACGACUCGAGCCCGCGGUCCCUCGCCGGAAGCUGGCUGCCCGACAUGACGCCCAUGCGCUCCCCGGGCGUGCCCGGGGACGCGACCGUGCGCCGCUGGGCAGGUGAGCCGUGCAGCCUGCAGUUCUUCCCGGACGGCAUGCCGCUGGAGCUGCCGCUGGAGGCCGGGUCGCCGCUCGCGGCGCACACGCCGCUGGCGUCGCCAGGAUCGAGUCGCCGGGGACGUGACCCGCCGGCGGUGGGCGAGCGGCACGUACGGCCCCGACCCGCUGCUGUUCCCCGAGUUCCUGGAGCCCGCGGUGGUCCACAGCCCGCUCGCCUCGCCACGGGCGUCGCCUGGUGUGGCUGGGAGCACCUCGCUGCGCGGGAGCCCCAGACCUGCCGUGCCACAUCGAGUUCUUUCCCGGCGGCGCUCCUCCGAGCCCGCACGGGUCGCCAGAGCGGGAUGAGGCCGCGGCUUCGCGGGUCUGGGAGCCGGCCCUGUCGCCCUCCGGCCUCGUCUGCGGCGGGCGGCUGA